UUAUACUUAGUUUUAUUUAAACACAGAAACGAGAAGUUUUAGUUUCGAUACUGGUUUAAUAAAUAAUAAUAAAUAGUUCUAUCACAGCCAAAUUUAAAGUCUUUUCGAGUAAGAAUGAACCUAAUAUUUUAUUUAUAUUUUGGUUUCUUUAUGGUCGCAAAUUACGAAGCCAUCGAAUGUCCACCUCCAUUUAAGCCAGGAAAAAAACCUCCUACCAAUUGUUCUGAACCUUUUGAUCCACAAAAUAGGCCUCCAACUCCUUUGGAAUCCUGGUUUACGGAAGCGGUUUUUAACGACUUGUUUCCUAAAUCAAAUCUUGGAUGGGGUGUUUCAAAAUGUCGUCCAUACAAUUAUAAAGCAUUCAUAAUUGCAACAAGAUACUUUCCGACGUUUGCAAAUGAAUAUGUUGAUCAUGAUCCUCUUGGAAAUAAAUUACCAACAAAUUAUACUCGCAAUGAAACUUAUAGAAGAGACCUAUCUGCAUUUUUUGCUCAUGUAAUUGAAGAAACAGGAGAAAAUGAUAUUGAUCUUUAUCAAAGGUUACCUAGGGAGGAGGCAGACAACUGUUUUUAUAGAGGUGGUUUUUAUAACUGGUUUGAAGGAGGACCUAUUUCAAGUUUUGUAAAAAACAAUGGACUUGAUCCUAAGGAUGGAGAAUUUUGCACUCAAUCAGGAGAAUACUGUGAUAUAAGUACCAAUAGUCAUUGGUUUUACCCAUGUAAAAAUGAAACAAAAUCUGAAUGGACCAAGGAAUGUUACUUCGGUCGUGGUGCAAUCCAAAUAUCCUACAACUUUAACUAUGGACUAUUUUCUAAAUGGCUUCUAGAUCAAGGUAUUAUGCACAAUGGUGCACCAAUCAAUCUUCUUGAAAAUCCUAAUUUGCUAAUGACAAAAAUUGAUCCUCCUUUAAGUAUUAUGGCAUCACUAUGGUUUUACAUGACACCACAACCACCAAAACCUGCUAUGCAUGACAUUAUAAUUGGUGAUUGGGUCUCACCAGAUCAUGAUUAUUUCGGGAGUGUGUUUGGUCCAACUUCAUUGGUAAUAAACUUUGAUUGUAGCGGCGAGGAUCCUGAUGUUCCAGGCGGUGGAGGAGAGAACCGUCGAAUUAAAGCUUUUAGAUGGUUUACGAAAUACUUUAAUACUCCAUUUAACACUGGUCUACCAAAAACAAUGUCGUGCAAAGGGUUUAAUAAUAAUAAUCAAUUUGAAUUUCCUUAUUCACUAGGAUAUAAAAAAUCUUGGGAUGUAGAUUGGUCAACAUCAUGGAAGGAUACGGUUCCUUGCGAAUGUGUUAUGCAAACAUACAGUGCUCCUAUCUUUGCAUUUGAUCCUGUAAUAAUGCCAAAAUAUCAAAAGUAUAAUCCUUCAAAUAAAAAAUGGUGCGAAAACAAUUAUCAACAAGGAUUUGGGGAUCAAGCCUGCGCACACUAUCAUCCGCCGAAAUUUGAUAUUGUUGUUUAAAUAAUCAAUUUAUCGAACAACUUGAAAACCCGAUAAACUUGUCUAAGUUUUCCUACUCUAAAUUCAGUUUAUUCAAUUUUUUAAAGUCAACUCCGAUUUUUGUUUUAGACUUCUAAUCAAUAUUAUAACUUCUAUAUUUCACAUAAUAUUCAAGUCAUUGAUGCACCUUUAACUUUUUUAAAUUUAAUAAUUUUAUUACUUAAA